AUGGUAAAUAAAAAUUCAUCUUUAAGUAUUGCAAAAAAUACUAGUGCUGACUAUUAUAAGUUGUUAGGUGUUGAAAAAACGGCAACUGAGGCAGAUAUUAAAAAUGCAUAUAGGAAAUUAGCCUUAAAAUAUCAUCCUGAUAGAAAUCCAAAUGAUGUUCAUGCUCAAGAAAUGUUUAAAGAGAUAUCUGUUGCCUAUUCUAUAUUAUCAGAUCCAAAUCGUCGUCGACAAUAUGAUAUAUCUGGACCAAGUGAAACAGCUUUGGAUUUUGAUGGAGUAGAUCUCAGUAAUGAUAUUGGAGCUGUAGGACGCGUAUUUGGUGCAUUAUUUUCAAAACUUGGUGUUCCUAUUCCAACAGUUGUACCGGCAAAAAUUCUUGGCCAAGCAAAAGAGAUAUGUUGUGGUGAAUCAGGAUCACCAACUGUAACAUUAUUAGAACCAGGAAAAUUAGUUGAUGGAUCUGUUAAUAAACAAGAAGGGAACUUUUACAAAUUUACAGUAACAGAAGCAGAUCAAAAACAAGGAAUUAUUGUAAGAGUAUCAUCAGCAUCAAUGUCUAAAUUUAAAUUAAUUAUAUUUGAUAAAGAUGGUGGUGUUAGGCAAAUUCAAGAAUCUCAGAAAAAACGAAAUUGUACUUCUGCUGAACUUUUUUAUGUACCUUUUGAUCGUAUUCAUAUAGGGGAUUUUGUUCCAUUAAAACAUUAUAUGGAAUACAAAGAAGCACCACAAGCUUUUCAUUAUCUAGACGGUUUAGAACCACGAGAAAGUUUUCCCCUAAGAUUAGGUGACCAAAUUAUUUGUGUUUAUGGGGAUCAAUUUUUAACAAGAACAAAAUACUCAGUUCAAAUUCUUCCAUUAAAUGAAGAAUGUACUGAAACUAUUCAAAAUAUUCGUAAUCUAGAAACAACAUUAACAUCGAAAAAAGCAGAAAUGGCAAAAUUUGAGAAUGAAUAUACGGAAGCCAAGAAACGUUUUGAAGAAGCUAAACAAAAACUAAAAGAAGAGGACAAAUUUAUUUCAGAAUCUUUAAAGAGUAGAGAUAAAUUAUAUGAUGAACUUUUUGAAAAUUGUCAAAAACCAUUUGCUGAUAAAACCAUAUCAAAUGGAAGGAAAGGUUCUAAAUCUUUUUUUGGUGCUAUUUUUUCAUAA